GUUUUGUGCUCUAAUCUGAAUAUUUGUGCAUUCCCUUUGUGAUUUUUUUUUAGUUGUUCUUGUAGUUGAGGGUUCUAUUCCAUGGCCUCUAAAAGCGAAACCGAGAAUUCAACCGAUACUUCUCCAUCAUCGCCAAAGAAUGUAUACAAGGAUCCAGAUGAUGGGCGCCAACGAUUUUUGCUUGAAUUGGAAUUCGUUCAAUGCCUUGCUAAUCCUACCUACAUCCACUAUUUGGCUCAGAAUCGAUAUUUUGAGGAUGAAGCAUUCAUUGGGUACUUGAAGUAUCUUCAAUAUUGGCAACGCCCUGAAUAUAUUAAAUUUAUCAUGUAUCCUCAUUGCCUCUAUUUUCUUGAGCUUCUUCAGAAUGCAAAUUUUCGUAAUGCAAUGGCACACCCUAGCAACAAGGAACUGGCACAUAGACAACAAUUCUACUUCUGGAAGAACUAUAGGAACAAUCGGUUAAAACACAUUUUACCAAGAUCACUUCCUGAACCAAGUGCCACUCCUGUACCACCUGCUACUGCUUCAACUCCAGCUCAGCCACCAGUGCCUGCACUGCCACCAGUACCUGCCACAAAUGUUGCUGUGACAGCAUCAUCUACUCAAGCUCCUUCUCCAAUGACAUAUGGUAUACCCCCUGGCUCUGGCUCUGCCCUUGCAAAAAAUGACAUGAGGAAUCCUACAGUUGAUAGAAGGAAGAGAAAGUGAGGGUUUUAUGACAUGUAAAUUGAUUAUAAAAAAUGAUGCGAUGUAGUUGAAUGCGGUGAUCAAUUUAUUUCUUCCUUCUCAGUUGGGAAAUUGAAGUGGUGAUUAUAAAAA